UGUGUGUUGUUUGUGGGUUAAAUGGUUUCUGUCCGGCAGCUGAAACGUCAUAAAUCAGAGCGGGACUCCUCCUCCUCCUCGCUGGUCAUUAAACUGCUAAGUGAAGGGGGACUCCCUCAGACCGCCUCAGACCCGGACAAAACACCAACCGUAACCAGUGCAGGACAAAAAUAAGACGUCGACCCUCCAGUUGAACGUAAACCUCCACAGGACCAGAGAUCAGCAAUCAAUAAUCAAUACAGCUGCAGGGACUGAUCGAUCUUCUGCUGUUCUCCAGGUUCAACAUCCUUAUCAUGAGUCUGACCUCCAAUGACCUCACCGAGCUCAUGGAGCUGUGGGAGGAGCUAAACCUGACGGCGGCUGACCACCACAACCUGUCCCACGUGGAAACUGUGCUUUGUUCAGGCGCAAUCGGCCAUGGCGCCUUCCUCCACGUCCUCUCUGUCCUCUACGUCUUCAUCUUCCUGGUGGGCGUCGCCGCCAACGCCCCGGUGGUCUGGGUGAACCUGCGCUCUGACAGGAACCGCCAAGAGACGCAUCUGUACAUCCUGAACCUGGCCGUGGCCGACCUGUGCGUCGUGGCCACGCUGCCAGUGUGGGUGGCGUCGCUGCUGCAAGGCGGGCAGUGGCCGUUCGGCGAGGCCGUCUGUAAACUCACCCACCUGGUCUUCAGUGUCAACCUCUUCAGCAGCAUCUUCUUCCUCUCCUGCAUGAGCGUUGAUCGUUACCUUUCCAUCAGGCUGCUGGCCGACCUCCCCAUCAGCCGCAGGAAGAAGCUACUGCGGCGGCUGGUCUGUGUUCUGGUCUGGCUGCUGGCGCUGGCGGCCUCCGCCCCCGACACCUACUUCCUCCAGGCGGUCAAGUCAUUGCACCAUGAGGGCGCUGUCUGUCGGCCGGUUUAUCCACCCAGCGACCCGAGAGACUGGAUGGUCGGCGUCCAGCUCAGCUUCAUCAUCCUCGGCUUUGCCGUCCCCUUCCCCGUCAUUGCCGUCUUCUACCUGCUGCUGGCGGGGGUCGUCCCUCCCAGCUCAGACCGGGAGCGCCGUGUCAUUCUGGCAUACAUCGUGGUGUUCCUGGCGUGCUGGCUGCCGCUCCACGCCGUUCUUGUGCUGGACACGCUGUCUCUGCUCCAUGUCCUGCCCUUCAGCUGCCAGCUGGAGAACUUCCUGGACGUGGCGCUGCACCUGACACAGUGUCUGUCUCUGGUCCACUGCUGCGUCAACCCCGUCCUCUACAACGUUCUCAACAGGAACUACAACUAUGACCUCAUGAAGGCCUUCAUCUUCAGGUACUCCACCAGGACGGGGCUCGCCAGGCUCGUCCACGCCUCCGAGAGCGAGUACUCGGCGGGGACGACGGACAACGUCCCAAUGUGAACUCGUGUGAAGACCCAGAAACCUCCUGUCCAGUCUGUCCAUGUCUCAUGAACUGAGGACUCUGUGGACACGAUGGACAGUGUCCCAGUUUGAACCAAGGACAUCUGAAGAUGUCUUGUACCUCCCUGUGGGACCAGGUGAUAUUCUGCUACAUCCUGGUCUUCCUGGAGAUCUGGAUUACAAAGACUGAUGUAAAUAUUUGAUGUUAUAUUCUGUGAAUAUAUUUUUAUCAUCUUUUAUAAUUGAUUGUUUUUUCUAUUUGCUCAAUCAUGUACAGGAAGUUUAAUUGGUAAAGGCUAAAAUCAAGGUCAUUCAGUGAUGUGCAGGCAGGACGACACUUCAUAUAAAAAUAAUGAUAAUAUAAUCUAAUAAUAAGGAUGAUAAUAUUAUUAUUAUUAUUGAUAAUUCAUUGAUACAUUUCUCCAUCACUGAGCCUUGAGACUUUCAAGGAUCAUAAACAUGACUUCAUCCUGAGUCUGAGUCCUGACACUUUUCAUCUGUGACUCAGACAAACAUGGAGACACGUUGUCUACCUGUGCAGCUGCUUCUUCAGGACUGUGUUUACCUGUGUGUGGUCAUCAGCUGCAGGUGUGACGGCCUCAAUCACAGAGCUGUGAGGUAACAGAGUGGCGGGGGGGGGGGCUGGGCUUCUGCUUAUUAACAAAUAUAUGUAUAAAUAUUUAAUCUAUAAUUAACAAACUUUAAUGUUUCAUGUUUCUGAAACCUUGUGUGUGAUGUAGAGAUCAGACGAGGACUCUGAUCGAUGUAAGCACCCCCCCAUGCUUUAAUGAAUGGGGUCCAGCAGGAUUACAGAGAGUUUAAAAUACACACAGAGACCCCAAUCUGGACUCAGAGCUGCGUUUCCAUGACAACCAGACCAGCUCAGGGCCUCUGAAAGCCUUCCAUGAGGGACGGGUAGUAAAAAUCUGCACUCAGCAUUGAACUGUGGGUAACCAUGGCAACAGUACUGGCCCCUGGAAACCCUUCACAUGUCCCCAAAAGCUCUUCAAGGCCCUGCUGUAGCUCCUCGUGCACCUGGAAGGACCCUUGAACCCUUCUUCAAGGACUCAACAACACCUAUCUGCCUGAGGAUCCCUGCUCGUGUCUCAGGACCACCAGAACACUUCCCUCCCAUGGACCCUGGAAGAGCCUGAGGAUGAGUGAAGGGACCCCAGGAAACUCUUCAAGGACCCUGUGUCUGACAAAAGCUAAUGAAAAUAUGAAAUCUAAAAAAAUCUACUUCAAUCAGAAGUAGUCUGUCUGUUUUAGACUCUAGACUGAGUCUCGGGCUUUUCACCAAACUCUUCUGAUGAUCCAUUAAAGAGCUCCCUCCAUCUCCCUCCAUCUCCCUCCAGCUCCCUCCAUCUCCCUCCAUCUCCCUCCAGCUCCCUCCAGCUCCCUCCA